ACAUUAUUGCAACAAGUGUCUCUUUGGCAAAGACUAAAGAGUAGUACGAGAUAAUAACACAGCUCUUUGGUCUUAGUAUAUGUAAAAAAAACCGGUCUCAAUUCUUAAGUCUUAACUCGCGAUUGCAAAUUAAAUUUGAUUGGGCGCCGAUCAACUUUCAACUCUUCGAAGCAAAUCGCUUUUUGAUUUGUGUAAUUUUUUUAUAGAAAACAUGCCAAGAGUGCAGGAAUGGAAAUGUUAUUUUGGAUGCUUUGUUGACGGUCCAUUACACCGUUUUCCCCAGUGGGAAGACUUUAAAGAAGAAAGAUUUAAUAAGUGGAAAUCCGUUCUAGAUCCGGUAACCCAAGCUAAAGGAAAUGAAUACAUAUAUAACAACAUAAGAUUAUGCUAUCGUCAUUUUAGCUCAAUUUAUCAUUUGCCAAGUAACCGAUUGACUAGGAAUGCUACUCCAACAUUAAAUAUUUCUGGAUCACAAGUAGUUCUUGGAGAACCAUCCACAUCAGGAUCACAAAUUACAGAAGAGAAGCUGCAGGACACAAGUUCAUUUGCAGUAUCACAAGAAAACAAUGCUCAACCAUCUACAUCAAGUAUAAAUCAUAAGACACACAAUGCUGAAGCAUCUGCUUCCAAUGUGUGCUGCAAAAGGUUAUCAAAUAUUGUUGUAAAUCUGAGAAAAAAAUUGAAGACAAUGAGAUCGAAAUAUUUAGCGCAAAAGAGAGAACUACUAGCUCUCAAAAAAAUUAACCUCAGUAAAUUCUCAGACAAUGAAGAAAUGCCAAAAACUGUACAAACCUUUUUAACACUGCAAUUAAAAUAUAAAAAUAAACCCAAGGGGCGACGAUUUUCAAAUGAGGAGAAAAUUAUGGCUUUAGAUUUGAUGAAACAGAACCCAAAGGCAUACAAAUAUUUGCAAGAAAUGUUAAUUGCUCCAUCAAAAAGAACUUUACAGAGACUUGAAGGACUACACAGCAAAACCAGGCCUAGCUAAUAGUAAAUAAGUUAAAUCAGUAAAAUGUAAGCUGAAGACAAAUUAAUGUCAUUAGCUUGAUCUUCUGGCAGCAAGUAUCAUCAGCAUUGAUAUUGUUAGCAAGAGUGCAUGUACUGCCACAAGAAUUUGCAGCCACUGCUGACUUUCUUUUAUACUUUGACAGACUGUGAUUUUUUUAAUAGUGAUUCUAAUCAAUCAGAAUCAAAGAUAGAAAUAAAGAUUCCUUAAACAAAAUGCCUUACAUUUCAAUUUGCCGAAUGAUUCCUGAAUGAUUCUAGAAUCAAUUAUAUUUAAAUUGAUUUUAAAAUUUGGUGUUUGUCAAUUGAAAUAUGAAUAAAAUCCAUCAAUCAGUAAUUGGAUACAUUAUAUAGAAAACUUGUCAAGAAAUGUGGAUAUAUUUACCAUUUGAUUAUAAUGCCACCAGUUUGAUUAACAUCAAACCAUCUAUUUGAUCAAUUGUAAUUUUUUUAGUAGUUUUAGAAGUUACGGUAUGAGGCAUGUAAUCCUAAUUGUAAUCAAUUUACGAAUAUGUAUAAAGUCUCGUGUCUUAAGUUUUUUUAAAAAGGUACACUCAUCUGGCUCAUUGUGGAGAAGAUUUUUAAUAAAACAGUACAAUCAAU